UUGUGUCAUAUAUAUUGUUAAAGAACAAUUUUGUACGAAUGUUCUAUUAUAUCAGUUUCUCGUGUGUGUGUGUGUGUGUGUGUGUGUGUGUGUGUGUGUGUGUGUGUGUGUGUGUGUGUGUGUGUGAGAGAGAGCGCCCUCUACCGUCAGCGGUCGCUAUGGUAACGUCAGUGUCAUCGACGGAGCCGCAGACAAAUGGCAGGACGCGCGGAACAUCAGGCGCGGUGAACGCGAUGAAAUCACGCGUUAGCGGAUGGAUGCGGACGAACAGACAUCAGAAGUGUCAUCUCUGAGGACCAUUAGACGGACACUGGAAUAUCCGUUAUUCGAGAUGCCGUGGAUUGAGCCUUUUCUCCGUUUCUGCUCGAACUUUCCAUUAACUUGCGUUCUUCUCCUACAUCUGUCUGCAGUGCACGGUGAAUGCGCGCGCCCGCCGGUGGAUAACAGACGACGGACAUGUUUUUACUCGUUAGGAAUACAGAUCCGCUCCUGAGAGGGUCAGACAGUGAUGCAUCAUGAUCAUGUCGUGUGUGUGUGUGUGUGUGUUGUGAUCAGAGGAAAGAUUGAUGGAGGAUCGAUGAUGAUGAUGAUGAUGAUGAUGACGAUGAUGGGCAGAUGCGCGUGCACACAAUCACAAUCAUCACCUGGCAGCUCAGUUUAAUGGAUUUCAGACAACUAGGUCGGAUUUUUCUUACAAAUGAAUGGAUUAGUGACUCGCACCUCACACCACACAUCACUCUUCAUCUCAUUCUCUCUGCAGGGUUCAGAUUGGACAUUUCUGAGCUCUUUACCGCAUCAUAUCAGGCUGCGGAGGCCAAAGGAAACGCUCGCUAUAGUCCAAGUCAAUACCAACUAAAACAAGCAGCCAUUAUCAUUUGUAUGCCAUGAAAAAAAUCCCUUUGAAUGAGAAGGUGAAGUGGGGAGAAGCUGCCCAGAUUAAAUCAGGGGGGAAAGGAGCAUUAUAGCCAGCAAGAAAAGGACAAAAAGGAAGAUGUUUUGGACGGUGGCUUGGAGGUCCAUAGGGUGGCCUACAUUUGUAGCAUCCCUAUUUCUAGCAGUGGGACCUACAUUCUCUGGAGUCUUUAAUGCCUCAGGAAAAGAUAUUUUUAGUGACUUUGGACAGUUCCAGCUCACUGAGAACAGCCCAGCAGAGCUACGUAAACUCCAAGCCUCUAAUCUUCAUCCCAACUUGUACUUUAACCAAGACGAUAUACCACUGUUGAGGCAAAGGUCAACUACAACUCAUAGCCACAUUUUUAAAGCGAUCCGGACAGCUGUGUUGACCAUGCUCUCCACCGGCCCGCUCUACAUGCCACCCACAAAGCAUGAUGAGUUCACCAGCAAAUGGAAUGAGAUUUAUGGAAACAACCUCCCUCCUCUGGCCCUUUACUGUUUACUGUAUCCCGAGGACACUGCUGCCAUGCACUUCCUGAUUAAGUUUAUGGACCGAAUGUCGGAAUAUCCGGACUGGAAAGUGACCAGCGCACCCAAUGAUGAAGUUCCAAUGGCUCAUUCGCUCACUGGAUUUGCUACUGCUUUUGACUUCAUCCACUCACUCCUGGACCAGCAGCGCCGAGACCUGUACUUAAAGAAGAUUUGUGCUGCAACCAGAGAGCUCUACGAGACAUCAAAGUACCGGGGCUGGGGGAAGCAGUUCCUUCAGAACCAUCAGGCCACUAACAUUGUCGCUAUUCUGACUGGAGCAAUAGUCGUGGGCGCACAUGACGUCACUGAGUCGAUGGUUUGGAAACAGGUGUCUGUAAAUUACAUGGAGAAGACAAUGUUUCUGUUAAAUCAUGUGGUAGACGGCUCUCUGGACGAGGGAGUUGCAUACGGGAGUUACACAGCAAAGUCAAUCACGCAGUAUGUUUUCCUGGCGCAGCGCCACUUCAAAGUAGACAACACGCAGAACAACUGGCUGCGCACUCAUUUCUGGUUUUAUUAUGCCACUCUGCUUCCAGGGUUCCAGAGGACGGUUGGUAUAGGGGACUCAAACUAUAACUGGUUCUACGGACCAGAGAGCCAGUUAGUCUUUUUAGAUUCUUUUGUGAUCAAAAACGGGUCAGGGAAUUGGCUGGCACAGCAGAUUAGGAAGCACAGGCCUAAAGACGGUCCCAUGGGUCAGUCCUUGGCCCAGCGCUGGACAACGCUUCACACAGAGUUUAUCUGGUAUAAUGCCGACCUCACGCCACAACCCCCUUAUGGCUACAGUAAGGCCAAGAUGCACAUAUUCUCAAACUGGGGUGUGGUGACGUACGGGGCUGGUUUAUCUGUUGCCCAAGGCAACACCUUUGUCUCUUUUAAGUCUGGAAAGCUGGGUGGCCGGGCAGUGUUUGACAUUGUCCAUGCCAAGCCUUACUCAUGGGUGGACGGCUGGAACAGCUUCAACCCCGGUCAUGAGCACCCCGACCAAAACUCAUUUACUUUCGCCCCGAAUGGGCAAGUAUUUGUUUCCGAGGCUUUGUAUGGCCCCAAAUACAGCUUCUUAAACAAUGUGUUAGUGUUCAGCCCUUCCCCGACUAGCCAGUGUAACGUGCCUUGGGAAGGACAGCUCGGCGAAUGUGCCAAGUGGCUGCGCUGGACAGACGAAGGGGUCGGAGACUCGGCGGGAGAGCUGAUCGCCGCUUCUGCCCACGGAGACUCUAUGUUUGUGAGCGGGGAAGCGGCCGCUGCGUACUCCUCGGCCAUGAGACUGAAGAGCGUGUACCGCGCCCUGCUUCUCCUCAACUCACAGACCCUCCUGGUGGUUGACCAUGUUGAGAAAAGAGUCGACUCGCCAGUGAACACGGUCAGUGCGUUCUUUCACAAUCUGGAUAUUGACUUCAAGUAUGUGCCCCAUAGUUUCACAGACAGGUACAAUGGGGCGUUGAUGGACGUCUGGGAUGCUCAUUACAAAAUGUUCUGGUUUGACAGUCAGGGACACAGUCCUGAUACACAGAUACAGGAGGCUGAGCAGGAGGCAGAGUUUAAAAAGAGGUGGACACAGUUUAUCAACGUCACCUUUCCUUUCACAGAUUCGGUGAGUAGAAUAGCGUACGUGAUGCACGGGCCCUACGUGAAAGUUUCUGACUGUAGGUUCGUUGAAAGCAGUAAGAACGGGCUCAAACUUUCUCUCGUCAUCAACAACACUGAGAAAAUAGUCUCGAUAGUUACAAAUCACAAAGACAUUGGGGCACGUUCGAGCUAUCUGGGCUUUGGGGGUUACGCUAAGGUGGAAGACAGACAUCAGAUUGUCCGGUUUGGCUUUGGGACGCAGCGUGUCCCCGAGCAGACCAAGCUGCACAAUCAUCUGUUCGACUUUGGAGUUACGGUGAAUGUUGCCGCUGGGGUAACGCUGUGUGUGGCAAUUGUUUUCUUGACCCUACAGCGCAAGUUUUACGUUUGCUUUAGCAGACUGAUGCGUUACGCUUUGCUUUCUGUCUUAAUGCUGUGGAUAACCGAGCUCCUGUUCGUCUCAAACAGCUGUGAUCAGCUCCUGUGCGGAGUGAAGUGGCGCGGAUCCGCCACGGACCCGGAGCUCACCAAUCAAAUGACACUUCGUGACCAGCAUCAACUCCUCCUACCCACUGUAGUGAUAACAACGCUGCCCGGCUCCGGGUCGGACAUCCUUAAGCACCUUUUCUACAACAAUACAGACUUUGUCUACCUACGCAUCCCCACAGAACACUUGGAUAUACCUGAAACAGAGUUUGAGUUUGACUCUUUAGUAGAUGCUUGUGAAUGGACACGCUCAGAAGCCCAGUACGGGCGUUUUAAAAUGAUUCAGGGCUGGCUGCAUUCACUGGUCCACAACACGCACUUAUUCCUGCAAAAUAUCCCACUCCAUGACACCGGCCACAUGAAACCGGCCCAAAGAGUCAGUUUCUCCCAGGACAAGAGGAAGAGACUGAGGAGACGAGAGUCCAGGGCUGAAAUGAAAGGACGGGUGCGAGUCGACAGGGAUGUGGAGUAUGUGAGAGAGCUGAGGAGACACACGGUGGACUACCCUAAUGCCCGUGUCGUCCUGAAUCUGUGCAGCGGCAGCUGGGCUCUCAAGCUGCCCUUUCUCCAAGAAGUCAUCGGCCCAUCUCUGAGGGCCAUCUAUGUCGUCAGGGACCCUCGUGCGUGGGUUUAUCUGAUGCUGUAUAAUAGCAAACCUAGCCUUUACUCGCUCAAGAACAUUCCUCAGCAUCUGUCCCUCAUUUUCAAACAAGACACGGUCAGCGACAGGUGUCCGACCGCAUCCGCAGCCGAGUUCAGAACGCUGUGGCACCUCAUAUCCCGUUCAGAGACCAGUCCUGUGUUGUUGCUGGCUCACCUGUGGCUUGCUCACACGGCCGCCGUCCUCAGAGUCACAUCUACCUUAUCUGAAGAGUCCUAUCUUCAGGUCAGGUUUGAGGAUGUCGUAAAUUAUCCUCAAGACACAGCCGAGAAGAUACACUCCUUCCUUGGAGUCCCCGUAUCUCCUUCGGCCCUGAAUCAGCUCAUGUUCACCACCUCCACAAACUUGUAUAACUUGAUGUACGAAGGGGACAUAUCACCAGCCAACAUCAACAUAUGGAGGCGAAACAUGCCAAGGAGAGACAUCAGACUCAUCGAGAACACGUGUGGAUUCCUGAUGAGGCAGCUCGGGUAUCACAGGUUCACUGAUUAAUUAGCUGCCGGGCAGCUGUUGUCCUCAAUCCAUGUAUCUGAUUGAUCCGUUUGAGAUUUGUGUUGUAUUUUUUGCACAAAUUUGGGUUGCAAAACCAAGUAAAGUGAAAACGAAAGAAAUAGGCACACGAAUUGAAUGUCAGUCUGUGAUUCUGCACCAUGUCCAAUCUAACAUGUCAUUUUGUACUUUACAAUGCCUUCAGGAUACAGUAAGAUAAAAUGUUUUAAAGUCUCUUCUGCUCACCAAGGCUGCAUAUAUUUCAUCAAAAAUACAGUAAAAACAGUAAUGUUGUGAAAUAUUGCACACUAAAAUAGCUGGUUUCUAUGUGGAUAUAUUGUUAAAAACAUUUUUAAUUGUAAAAAUAUUUCACAAUAGUUUUUGUAUUUUUGAUCAAAUAAAUGCAGGCUUGGUGAGCAGAAGAGACUUCUUUUAAAAACAUUAAAAAAUCUUACCAAUUUAA